AUGUCGCGCUCAAUGUUCCGGCUUCUAUCGCUCCUCUACUUCUUCCUGCUGCAUCAGCAGGUUCUGGCGCAAACGACCACCUCAUCGACCCCCGGCGGGAGUGUCAGCACCACACCAUCAAAUUCGGCGACACUGACACCGAGUCCAGCAUCGUCUUCCUCUACACCUCCUGAUGUCUACCUGAACGUACCAACUCUCUCCGUCGGUCGCAUUGAGCUUGAUGUCGACGACCUGCGGGCAGACAUCAAUUUGAAUGCCCAAGUCGCGUCCCUGGUCACCCUCAAUGCUGGCGUCGCCCUCUCCAUUCAAGAAGUCAACCUCACCAUUUCGGAUAUCGAUGCAGAGCUUGAACUGAUCGUCCGUCUGGGCCACCUAGUCGACAUAGUGAACCGAGUCUUCGAAUCAUUGGACCUCAACCCUCUCCUGAUCUCUGCCAUCAACAAUGUCACCUCAUUGCUCGAGCCAAUCGUGGGGGCUAUUGACGGUCUUCUCGGUUCCAUCACACAAGGAGGAACAACACUAUCAUUCUUGAUAGACAAUCUAGGAAAUAUCGUCCAGGAAGUCAACGGAGUGAGCACAAUCGUUGGAAAUUACCUGACAAACAUGACCGACACGGGUGUCAGUCAGACAUUAUCUGGUGGCCUCAUUGAGAAGACUUAUUCAUAUGCUCCGCUCAAUGCGUUGGUGGAUAUCGUUUUCAACGCAGCUGGACAAGUUGUUCAGGCAUCCGUCCAGAAGCAGAGCGGAAGUGGUGGCAGCACCACGACAAGUUCUACGUCGGCGUCAAGUACCACCCCGGCGCCUUUUUCAUCCACCAGCAGCUAG